UCCUAUGACGUUGCAUUCAAAACUGUGGUUUAUUGUAAAAAUUUAUUAGCUGAAGGAUAAAUCUGAAUGCGCUCACGCUCUAAUCAGCGGUCUCGUUUUUUAAAAAUUGCCCCGACUGUGGAGGCAGACUUUUAAUCAAAAGUAAUAACCCAAACCGUUUUCCGCUGAACGUAGACAAGGAUCUCACCUGGAGAGAUUAGCUAGGUAUCACUCUUAGCCUCCCGGUAACUGGGAUUAGCUGACGGUAGUUAGCUUGCUUAACGACCUAACAACGACAACAAGGCCCCGGAGUUGUUUGAAAAGUCCAGCGACAUGAUUGAAGUCACUGUGAAGACGCUGGACUCCCAGAGCAGGAGCUACAAAGUCAGAGGCGAGCUAACAGUGAGGCAAUUCAAGGAGCACAUCGCAUCGUCAGUGGAGAUCCCAGUGGACAAACAGAGGCUCAUCUACCAGGGCAGAGUGCUGCAAGAUGACAGAACACUGAAUGAAUACAAUGUAGAUGGGAAAGUAAUCCAUCUGGUGGAGCGAGCCCCACCUCAGGCCAACAUGUCCGGAUCUGGGGGCCCGGGUGUUUCCACUGGUGGGGCAGAGGACGCAAGCAGCAGCAGCCAUGCCUCCUCCCAGGGUGCACCACAUGACCGCAAUGGCAACAGCUAUGUGAUGCUGGGGACCUUCAAUCUGCCUGUCAAUAUUAUGGACCCACAGCAGAUCCAGAUGUCAGUUCAGCAGAUGAUGGCUGGAGUUGGUGAAGCUGGAAGGAAUGCCAGAGUCAGCACCAGCUCUGGGGGCAAUGGCUCGCUGGACAUGCAGAUCAACUUGGACCAGUCAGUGCACAGUGAGCCCCGGAUGAGACUUCAGCUGGCUGGGAACCUGCUUAGAGACGCUCAGUCUCUGAUCCACAGACUGGAGGGAGUGUCCAGUGACAGCAGCUCCCAUUCAGAUCCAGAGGUGCCUCAGUCCUCUCCUUCCCUGUCACUGUCUUCCUCUGCUGCAGCGUCACAGCCCAUGAACGCCAGCUCUCCUCCUGCUCCAUCAUCCUCCACCUCCACCCAGACUGAGGGACCAACCAACACUGGGCCCAAUCACCCAAGUCCAGCAGAAUUUGUGGAGGUUCUCUCUGAGGUCAGGAGGGUGGAGGAGAGGUUACGUCCCUUCAUAGAGAGGACCCACUCAAUCCUUGGAGCAGCGACAUCAGCAGACUACAACAACAAUACCCAGGAAAGAGAGGAGGAUCAGCGCAUUCUCAACCUGGUUGGAGAUGCUCUGCGUCUCCUCGGAAACACCUUGGUUGUCCUUGGUGACCUACGCUGUAACCUGGCAACCUCUCCUCCACGUCACCUGUAUGUGGUUCGCCCCAUGGCCCACUACACCCACCCGGUCCUGCUCCAGGCUGGUCUGCCACACAUGCCCAUUCCAAUAAACUUAGGGACAACAGUAACCAUGGCAUCUAAUGGGAGACAGGCAACUGAAGGACAACGCCAGCCCUCUCAGGGCCACAGCCAAUCAGAUCAACAGGCUGCUGACCAGGUUCCACCUUUACAGUCAAAUGGAACCACUCAUCAACAGGGACAGGGGGGACCUCGAGUGAUCCGGAUCACCCACCAGACCAUGGAGCCAGUAGUCAUGAUGCAAAUGAACAUUGAUGGUGAGUCAGCUGCUGGCUCUCAGGUUCCAGGACAGCCAAAUGCUGCAGGUCCCGGACAGCCUGGACUGACACCUGUCCACUUCCCAGGUCUGCCCCCUGAGUUCAUGCAGGCCAUCGUGCACCAGAUCUCUCACCAAGCCGCUGCUAUGGCUGCUGCAGCCUCUGCUGGCCACCCAGCACAGAUGGUGUCUGGCCCUGCCUCAACACCCAAUGCUGAGGCAACUGCCUUCUCACAGCCCCCCCAUCCUGCUCAGGCCAGGGUGGUCAUCACCAGACCAUCCUUCUCCCCUCGCAUCCCUCAGCCUAUGGGAACCAGGGGAGCCACCAUCAACUUGAGGGCCACUGUACCCACAGGCCCACAGCCAGGACAGGGCACACCUCUGGCUCCCUCCUCCCUCACCCAGAUGAUCAGUGGUCUGGUUGGACAGCUCCUGAUGCCAGGGCAGUCAGGUGAUCCUGCCUCCUCUUCCACCAACUCUCAGUCCUCCUUCUCUACUCCUUCUUUGUCCUCCAUGUCUUCUCCCCAUCCCUCUGCCAACACCUCUGGACAGACAUCCACCCACACCACCAGUACAACCUCCAUGGGCCAACCAGCAGAGGGCAGUCCUGAGGGAAAUCUGGCCCAGCUUCUCAGCUCUCUGCUGGGAGGUGCAGCAGGGCCAGGGGGUCCUGGCUCUGGACCAGCUCCCUCCAUCACUGUGACAUUGCCGGGGAUGCCCGGCUUUUUCCAGGGCAUGUCAGACUUCACACCACCACCAGGUGCUCCAGCCCCUCCCAUAUCUACCAGUCCUGCCCCACCCCAGGCGAGCAGCGGUGCAGGUGCAGACUCUCUGAGCCCAGAGUUGUUCACUGGUAUUGUGCAGGGAGUUCUGUCCACCAUGAUGAGCUCUUUAGGGGCACAACAUGGUAGUGGAGAGAGCAUUGCUCAAUUCAUCCAGAGACUAUCCCAGACCAGCAACUUGUUCACUCCUGGCUCUGGUGAUGCUGUGGGCUUCUUUGGUGACCUGCUGUCCCUGGUGUGUCAGAGCUUCUCCAUGGUGGACAUGGUGCUACUGCUUCAUGGGAAUGCCCAGCCUCUGAGCCGAAUCCAACCCCAGCUCACUGACUUCUUCACUGAACACUACCUACAGGGCAGAGAGCCCAGUGAUGCUAACAUAGCUACAGCAGCUGAGGAGCUCAUCAAUGGACUGGAGGAGUACAUAGCUGAGAGCUUUGCCACAGUGACCGUGCGGGAAGGAGUGGAUAUCGUUCAGACCAACCUGUCCUUCCUCAGACAGCAGUUCACACACAUGGCCUCUCAUAUCCUGCGCUGCAAUGAUCACACAUUCGGCCCUCGUCUGCUGUUGCUGUGCACUCAGGGCUUGUUUGAGUGUCUGGCUCUAAACCUGUACUGCCUCGGAGGAGAACAGAGAGCUCUUACUGCAGUCAUCAACCACCGCAUUAGGAGGAUGUCUGCAGAAGUCAAUCCCAGUCUAGUCAACUGGCUGACCAGUAUGAUGUCUCUGAGGCUGCAUGUCAUUCUUGAACACAACCCAGUUACUGAGGACCAAAUCCAGCACUACGUUUUCUAUACACAGGGGGAUUUGAACCAGAGGACAGAGGCUGAUAUGCCACAGCCAUCAGAGAGUCCCAAUGUGGAGAUGGAGGAGAGUUUGUCUCCGGCUGCAGCCACCACAGCAGAGGAGGCCAUGGCUUCGUCAGUUGACAGUGAAGAGAGAGGAACAUCUCCUGGAGAUAACACUGCCUCAUCAGGGGAGACUCAGUGUCCUGCUGUGGCCCCAACAGGGCGAGAGGAAGCAGCCCCUGAGGUGGAGCCGUGGACAGCAGCUGUUCCGCCUGAAUGGGUUCCCAUCAUCAGACAUGACAUGUUGUCUCAGAGGAAGAUCAAAGCCCAGCCGCCACUGUCUGAUGCCUACCUGCACGGGAUGCCUGCCAAGAGGAGGAAGACAACCCAGUGUGAGGGACCACACCUGUCUCUGUCAGACGCUGUGAGUCAAGCUGCUCGUGCUGCUGGAGUCCUGCCUGUCACAACACCAAACAGCCUGCAGGGGGAGCUGGAGAGGCCAGAGCUGCAGGAAGCAUACACCAAUCAGGUAAAGAGUGACAUUAAAGAUCGAGUGAGAGACGAUCCGGACUACAACGCCCAGAGAUUUCCCAACACACACCAAGCUUUCUCUAUAGAAGAAACUCCUAACUCCUAAUCCUCUACAGUCAUGUACCAGAGAGGAGCGAGGCCAGGUCCAGAACAGGAUCUGUACACACUACCUGCAGCAUGGAACUGUUACAUAUAGUAUGGUAACAUCCCAUUGUAAAUGUGGCCUGAAAGGAUGGCGGCUGCUGAUUCCAUUGAAUGAUUCCUCCUCUCCUGUUUCAAAAUGUGACAUCCCUUGCUGUAGUGUGGGUAGAAUGGAAAACCUUAGAGACUGCGGAUCCUCUGUGACACAUGGUUUGAGGAACUGUGGGCUCUCUGAGUUACCUCAUAAGAGUAUAAGACAAGACCUGACAGCAGCAGCUCAGAGCAGAAGAGGACUGGGGCACCAAGAAAAAAAUGAAAUGUUCUGGUAGCACUAAUCUUCCUCUGUAGGUCUGAAACAGUCUAAGCCGCAUAGCAUGAGACACCACCUACUAUUAGGACUGUUAGGACAGGAAUUGACAAUUGAGUUGAAAUGUUUUGAGAAAAAAAAAAAAGUUGUAACAUUCUGAGAAAAAUGUCAUAAUAUGAAAAUGAAGUUGAAAUGUUGCAAAGAAAAGUGGUUAUAUAUAAUACAACAACACUGUUAUAAGGUUAUGAAGAAGAAUUUGUGAGAAUAAAGUGAUUUGUGCAUGAAGUCAUAAAGCGGUAAGAUAAAUCUGAAAUUUUAUAAGAGAAAAUCUCAAAAUUUGAAGAAUAAAGUCAUAAAAUUAGAAAUUAGAGAAAAAUAUUUAGUGCUGUUGCAGUGAAGAGUGACACCACAAAAAAGUAUCUCUCAAAUCUGGUCUUUUGUGAGAGAAACCGUCAUGUAUAUAGAUAUAGAUAUAUAGUCAGAAAAUGCUAAAACAUGCAUAUGCAGUGUAAUUACCCAGUGCAAUCAAAUACAAUGACUAUUUCUUAUUUCAAGAUUAUUUUUUUCUCAAAAUGUUAUAACUCUGAGAUUUUUGUUUCCUAACAAUGGUCCUGCCAUUCCAUCACACUGAGUAGUUCUACACUUUGUUGUAAAUGUUUUUGCUUUAUUUAUCUGUACAAGGCAAAAUUGUAAAUGAUUGAAAACUGUAUAUAGUAAAUGGAAAGUGAUGUCAUGGAGCUUUGUCAGUGUCAGUCAGGUUACUAGUGUUGUUUCCCAUGACAUCAAAUUUUUAUUUUUUAGUAUCAUGAAACACAGAUGAUUAGUUCAUGUUUGUAUUUUAGGGCAUUACCUUUAUCACUGACACUGGUGUCUGUUUAAACAGGGUACUUAAGUGAUGUGGUCUUUAACCAUGUGUUCAACUGCAGUAUAAUAAUCUGCCACAGCCUGAUGGUGGUAAUGGUAUGUGUGAUGUCUGUGUGAAGCACAGCAGUAGAAGUUUGUCAAACUGUGGUUACUCUGUGCUUGUUAACAUCACUACAAUAAAUGAACUUGAAAAUCA